AUGUCGAUGGACUAUGAUUUUGAUCAUGGCCACAUAACAGAUCCAGAAUGCUAUCACACACCGGCCAAGAUCUACGACACAGACUUCACCACACAUCAUGCAACUUGUCAAAGCAGGAAAGCAAGUAAUAUAACUUUACAUGCGAUCAUCGAGGUCUCACCAUCCAGCCAAUUUAAAUAA